AUGCACUUUCAAAAUACUCCCUCCGCGAGUUCAAAUCGUGGCCUCCGGUUAAACCAACCGCGAAUAUUUAAAUAUUACCCUGCCAAGAAAGUCUUGGCAAUUGAUCGGGGACCCAACUGCGCGCAGAGUCAGCAUUGCGUUAAUCAGACAUUCGGCAGGCCGAAAUCGAGAAAGCUAUCUCUGAUUGGACGAGCCAAAAAAACGGUCGAGAAGGUUAUAGAGGCCAUGAAUGCAGCUGGUGUCCCCGUGGGGUGGGUAAUGAACAUGAGGGAUAUCGUGGAGAAGCAUAAUCAAGCACACAGAGCUAUCCAGGAUGUCUUGGUGGACGGUAAAGAUGGGGAGGGGUGGAAUGUAGAGAUCCCGGGAACGUUCCCCCGCAUCGAAGGUUUUGAAUUCACACCCAGUUGGGCUGGUCCUGCUUUGGGUGAUCAUACGGACGUUGUAUUGGAGGAAAUGCUAGGAUUAGGGAAGGAGGAUGUGGAGAACUUGCGCGGAGAUGGUAUAAUAAGUUAA